UAGUCUCCUUCAUAUCCAUAUUUCUCUCAGUGCGUCAUUUUGUUGGGGUUUCACACUGUCAAAUCCGUGUCUCUUUCUCUCUUCCUCGCUUUAAGCUUUCUCUGCGAAUCUCUGUGAAAAACACUCUCAGAACUCAACAAUGGCGAAACUGGUUCUGCUUCUAGCUCUUUGCAUUCUUCCGGCUUUGGCGCUCGCUACUCGCCCCCUCAGAAAGCCAUUGAUUGUACAAGGACGAGUUUACUGUGAUACCUGCCUUGCCGGUUUCGAGACCUCCGCUUCCAACUACAUCGCUGGUGCCAAGGUUAGAUUGGAAUGCAAAAACAGAAACACAAUGCAGCUCUUGUACAGCAAGGGGGGGACAACUGACUCUACCGGAACUUACAAGAUCACCGUAACCGAAGACCAUGAGGACCAGCUCUGUGAUGCUUUUCUUGUUAGCAGCCCACAAGGUGACUGUGCAAAAGUAUCCCCCGGACGUGAACGUGCCCGUGUCAUCCUUACCAACUACAAUGGGAUGGCAUCUGAAACUCGCUUUGCCAAUGCUAUGGGAUUUACCAAGGAGGAGCCUGCUGCUGGCUGUGCUAAUGUUCUCAAGCAGUACCAGGAGUUUGACAAUGAUGAUUAGAUAUGGUUUUGAGUUCCUAUGAUUAAGUUCAUUCGUAUAACUUUGCUUUGGUUAUGCUGUUUAUCUAUUUACUUAUUUAAUUAUAUCAUGGUUUGUUAAUCUCAACAUCUAGAGAUUUCUGAUUUUAUUUGUUAAUGGUAUCUAUUAAAAUCCUAAUUAUAUA